AUGUCUAAGUUAAAAUGUGAUAAACUGCAUAGAAUUAAUAAUAAUCACGAAAAUGUUAGAAAAAUUAAUAGUUCUAUGUCUAUUGUAUAUUCUACAAUAAGAAAGAAUAUAUAUUAUAUAAAAGAAGGAACAAAAUUUUAUUAUUCCUUAGUAAAAAUAUUAUUAAUUACGUUUUUUAUUUGUAUAUUUACAAGAUCGAAUCAUGGUCAUUUUUGUGAGACAUUUAAAAAUAAACCUAAUAUAAAAAGCAUAUGUAAUAAAAGACUUAAUAGAUAUUUGUAUGAAUACCAAAUAAGUAAUAAUUCAAAUGAAGUCAAUAAUAUUUAUGUAAAUGAUCAAAAUAUACUAAUUGAUAAUUAUAAUAAUGAGAUAAAUUAUUUUAAUGAUUAUGUAAAAAAUGAUAUUUUAAAUAACUAUGAAACGAUAAAUAUAAACAAUGAAAUAAUAAGUUCAAAAUACAAUGUACUGUUAAGAAAACAAAGAGUACUAUAUGAAGAAAAAACAGAUGCUGUUACAACAAGUGAAGGUGCUUCAGAAACUUUAGGGGAUAUUCGUAAUAAGUUAAAAACAAGAACAGAGACACCUGAUGGAAUUACAUACGGUAAUAGAAUGUAUGGACCAAUGAAAGGAAAAAUAGAUAAUUUAAGUAACAAACCAAGUGAAUUUAGAAGAACAAAUAAUACAGAAUAUGAAACAAAAUUAAAAGGUCCUCCUACGAAUGCAAAUGAUUACAGAAAAAAUAUUAUGAAGGAACCUGAUGUAAAAACGAAAGUUAUUAAUUUAAGAAAUUGUGGAGUAAAUAAAUCACGUGUAGUUGAAUAUGAAGUAGUUCCUAAAAUUGUUACAACGAAAGAUGAGGGGAAUAGAAAAAUUAACAGAGUGGAAUAUGAAAUAAGAGCAAAAUAUGAUACUACAAGAAAAAAUGAGGAAAAUAAUAAUGAUACAACAACAAAUGAUAUAUCAUCAAAAAUGGAAACACAAAAUGAAUAUGUAAUGGGAAAUUCAAAUGGUACCAAGGAUGUGAGGGAUCCAAAAAUGAAUAUCACACAACAAAGUAGAUUAAAUAGCAAAUGUAAUAAUAUGAAUGGAGUCAAAUUGAAUGUUCCUACUUCUAAAGAAACUCCAAUAGCAAAACCAAGUAAUAAUAUUGAAAACAAGGAGGGAAAAAAUCCAUUUAUAGACGAUGAUGUAUCAAAUAAGAAAGGUAACUUGCAAGAUAAUAAUAGAAAAUUAAAUGUUACAACUAAUUCAAAUAAUGUUAAAAAUAAUUUAGGGAAUAAUAAUAAUCAAAUGAGACAAGGAACUAAUCCAUUUAUAGAUGAUGAUGCAAAUGAUAAAAAAGAUAAUUUUCAAGAUAAUAAUAGAAAAUUAAAUGUUACAACUAAUUCAACUAAUGAUAAAAAUAAGUUAGGGAAUAAUAAUAAUCAAAUGAAGCAAGGUAAAAACCCAUUUAUAGAUGAUGAUGUAAAUGAUAAGAAAGAUAAUUUGCAAGAUAGUAAUAGGGUAUUAAAAAAAGGCACUAAUCCCUUUAUAGAUGAAGAUGAAUUAGAGGAGAUACUUAAACAAGAAAGAGAAGAAAAAAUUAGAAAUGAGAAAAAACAAAAUGGAGGUGAUAAUCAAAAUAAAAAAAGUAGUACAAAGAGCCAAAAUAAGACAAUUAAUCAAAAUAAACAAAAUAGUCAAAAUAAGCCAAAUAAAAUAGAUAGUCAAAAUGUACCAAAUAAACAAAAUAUUCCAAAUAAAUUACAUAAUGAUUAUAAGGAAAAUACACAAUGCAAUAAAAAUGCAAAUUUAAAAAAAAGUGAUAAUCAAAUCAAUGAAAAAUCAAUCAUGGACACGUCUAAGAACAAUACGGUGAAUAAAAUAAACAAUGAUGGUAAUAACAAUUCUGUAAAGAGUUCAAAAUUUAAAGACGUUUUAUUAGAUGUAGCGAAAGAUAUUGAAAAUGGAAUUAGUUCAGAUAUGCUUAAUAAAAAUCAUAGAUUAAAAAAUGAGAAUAAAAAUCAAGGAAAAAAAUUAAAAAGUGAAUUUAUUACACAGAACGAAUUAGAAAAUAAAAGUGCAAGAAAUAUGGAUGAUAGUAAAAAUUUAUUUGAAAAAGGUUAUGAUUUAAAAACAGAAUCAAAAAGAGAUUUUAAUAUAUCACAAGAAAGUGGUUUAGAUUAUAUACAUGAAUAUGACAGAGUGUUAAAUAAGGAGUAUGAUAAUUAUUCUGAUAGAGGUUCUGUGUCUAUGGAAUACGAUGAAUAUUACGAUGAAUAUUGCGAUUAUGAUGAAUAUGAUGAUUAUAAUGAUUAUGAUGAUAAUUAUGUAGGAAAUCCAAUGAAAUUAUUUACCAGUGAUAUAAUGAAUAGGUAUGGAAAUAUUAAAAGUGGAUUAAAACAUAAUACAAAUAAAAUUGCAAAGACUGUUUUAAAAGGUAUAGAUGAUAUAGAUUAUGAGGAGUCAUCUAUUAAAGUAAAUAAUAAAAAUAAGAAUAAUAAAAAAAAAGAUAAAAUUGUAAUUGAUAAAGAAGAUAUAUCUGAUAGGGUUUCUUUGAAUUCAACCGAUUCAGAAAGAUAUUAUAACAAUGAAGAUUUUUAUAGAAAUGGUAAUUAUUAUGGAAGUAAUCAUUAUUAUGAUAGUGAUAUGUAUAGCAAUAGUGAUGAUUCUGAUAACGAUGAUGGUAAUCCUAUUACUGUUCUUGCAUCAGAAAUAGUCGAUGCGUAUGGAAAUAUAAAAGGGGGUGCAUUAAAAGUUAAGGAUCUUAUUACUGAAGGUGGACCACAACUUUUAGAUAUGACAGCAAAUAUGGUCGGGAACAAGACAAAAGAUGGAUUAAACAAAGUAAAGGAAAUUGUUAGUAAGAAAUGUGGUAUCGAUGUAGAAUCUGAUAUAGAUUUAGAGACUGAAACGAAUCCAUUAAAAUGGCAUGAAGUAAUAAGAAACAAAUAUAGAAAGUUGCAUUUUGGAUGGAAAUUGUUUUUAAAUAUUGGCCCUGCAGCUGUAUUAGGAAUUAUAGGGGGUGUAGUCGCUGGAGUUGGUACUCCGGCAUUAUGCUCAAUACCAUUUUUGCUUAUGGCAGGAAUUCUUUUUUUUCAGGUCUAUAGAUUAACGAAGAAGCUUUAUUAUAGUAAGAAAAAAAUAGGUAUUAAAAAUCUAUUUUAG